CUGCAGCUCGCGCUCUGCUGGUUUUGGGGCAGCGCGCCUGGUUCAUUACUGACUGUAAUGAGGGACUCGGGACUGGUUUCAGCACCCUGGAGAAGAACCGCCCAGUUCCUACUGCCCAGAUCCAUCUCAGACUGGACUCAGACCACCAGCUACUGCAGUAUCUCAGCCCACGCGCUCUGUGAGUCAGGGAACUUUGUUGGGGGACGGUCUGGAUGAGGAUGAUCUGAGGAUGACCCCCCGCUGAUUCACGCGCUCUGCUGUUGCUGCUGUAGGUUUUACGCGCUGGGUUAUUCUGAGCGCGAGACUGUUGGCCGGGUUCCAGCGAGGCGCGGCUCGCGCGCACUGAUGUGACUGAUCUUAAUUCAGAAACAGCUUCCAUUCACAACUCUCUGACGCUCUUCAUCACAGCUCUGACGAAAGCUGCUCUCAUAUAAACAUUCACAAUCACGCGCUCUGCGAACCGACAGCGCCGGACCUCCACAGACACUCCGCGCGCUCUCCUCCACAGACACACCGCGCGCUCUCCUCCUCAGACACACCGCGCGCUUCUCUGCGUUUGGACAGCUUCAGGUUCCUCCUCCACCGCUGCUCGCUGUCUUUCUGGAGCGAAUACAGAAAGGUCUCAAUGACAUCCAGCUCCUCGGUAAUUCAGCGACUUUAGCGGAGAGAAGAUGGCCAUCCAUAUUGAGGGGGUGGCGGCCAUCGUCAUCUUCUACCUGCUGAUCCUGAUCGUGGGGAUAUGGGCCGCGUGGAAGAACAAGAACUCCGGGGUGGAGGAGGGAACGGACCGCAGCGAGACCAUCAUGGUCGGCGGGAGAGAUAUAGGACUGUUUGUGGGGGCUUUCACCAUGACUGCUACGUGGGUCGGAGGCGGAUACAUUAACGGCACGGCGGAGUACGUGUACCUGCCCGGGUACGGCCUGGCCUGGGCUCAGGCUCCGUUCGGGUACGCGAUGAGUUUGGUACUGGGUGGGCUGUUCUUCGCCAAGCCCAUGCGCUCUCGGGGGUACGUCACCAUGCUCGACCCCUUCCAGCAGAUUUAUGGAAAGAGGAUGGGGGGUCUGCUCUUCAUCCCGGCGCUCAUGGGGGAGAUCUUCUGGUCGGCCGCCAUCUUGUCAGCUCUUGGAGCUACACUGAGUGUGAUCGUGGAUAUUAACAUCAACAUGUCCGUGAUCAUCUCGGCCCUCAUCGCCAUUUUCUACACUCUGGUGGGAGGAGUUUACUCAGUGGCCUACACAGACGUGGUUCAGCUCUUCUGCAUCUUCGUGGGACUGUGGAUCAGUGUCCCUUUUGCACUGUCAAACCCGGCUGUGGCUGACAUCGGAGUGACAGCAGUGAAAGAGCUCUACCAGGACCCGUGGCUGGGGGAAAUCGACAGCUCAGAUAAAUGGAUGUGGGCCGACAACUUCUGCCUACUGAUGUUGGGGGGAAUACCAUGGCAGGUCUAUUUUCAACGGGUUCUUUCUGCCUCUUCAGCUACCUACGCCCAAGUCCUUUCCUUCCUCGCCGCCUUUGGCUGCAUCGUCAUGGCCGUGCCCUCCGUCCUGAUCGGAGCCAUUGGGGCCUCCACAGACUGGAAUCAGACCAGCUACGGGUCGGUCCCGCCCAUGCAGAAGGACGAGUCAGAAAUGAUCCUUCCAAUCGUGUUGCAGCACUUGUGUCCGCCGUACGUCUCCUUCUUCGGAUUGGGGGCCGUGUCUGCUGCAGUGAUGUCAUCUGCUGACUCAUCCAUCCUUUCCGCCAGCUCCAUGUUCGCCAGGAAUAUCUACCAGUUGGCUUUCCGCCAGUCGGCAUCGGACAGUGAAAUUGUGUGGGUGAUGCGGAUUACCAUCUUUGUGUUCGGCGCUCUGGCCACAGCCAUGGCUCUCCUGACGGGCACAGUCUACGGGCUCUGGUACCUGAGCUCAGACUUGGUCUACGUGAUCAUCUUCCCCCAGCUGAUCAGCGUCUUGUUCGUCCGAGGCACCAACACCUACGGCUCUGUGGCCGGCUACGUCUUUGGCUUGAUCCUACGCAUCGGCGGCGGCGAGCCCUACCUCAAACUCCCCCCUUUCAUCUACUACCCCGGGUGGUACAUCAACAAGAAAGUCCACCACACCACUCAGGAGGUGGAGUACCUGGUGGUGCAGAAGUUCCCAUUCAAGACGAUGUCCAUGCUGGCAUCCUUUCUGGGCAACGUGGCCUUCUCUUACCUGUUCAAGUACCUGUUCGAGAGCGGAAAGUUGUCGGCCAAGUACGACUUCCUUGACGCGGUGGUGGCCAAGCACAGCGCCGAGAUCAUGGACAGGACCACCCUGGUGAACAGGAACAUCAUUGGCUUGGACGAGAUGGCCCCGGUGCGGCCGAGACUCAGCGUCACGCUGGCCAGCACUUUCAGCAGGAAGGAGACUCUUACCGAAGAGGAGGAGUCCAGUCCGGAGUCGCCCAGUCACGAAAACGAGUAACGACCACUGCCUCUUUUCCUUCAGACUGAGACUUUCGUGGAGGAUAAGGUGAAAAAAAAGAACAACGUGAAGGACAUUGGAUAGUAAAGGACAGUACCUGUCCUAAGAUGCACCGAACAUCUUCCUCACGCGAAGGACAACUGAAGGACAUGUUUAGUUUUCUUUCAACGUAUACGUGUCGGAUUUUACGCCGCUGCUACCAGAAGAGCGUGAAGCUCUCCAUGCAGAACAGCAGAGAAAAGUGGAGAAAAAAUAAAUAUAUAUGGUUAGCAUUUCCUUCAUGCCAAUGGUAACCAACGAAAACUGAAGCUGCUGCAGGUUCUCCGCUCUGGAAUAGCGACACUUCGGUACGGUAUGUACGAAACAAAACCAACCAACCAACCAGUUUUGCUCCUCUUGGCGUUGCUCGGAUGAAGAGCCAUAGAUACUGUGACUAUACACUCUAUAUGUGAUGAGGUAAUAGCAAUAUUAGCUUAUCUGAACCUAAUCCCAGGUCCUGGUUUAUUUAUAAAAACAAAAAAUACACCAAUCAAGCAUAACAUUAAGACCACCUCCUUGUUUCUACGUCCAGUAUUCAUAUAGGAGCACUUUGUAGAUCUAUAGGGACUGUUUAUGGAGAAGCUGCCGGAUAAACCAGCAUUGUGUCAAAAGAUUGGACACCACACACGUCAGCCAGCUCUCUAGUACUGUGUGUGCAUAGAGGAGGAGCUUAGCAACACCAUAGCAACACCUUAGCAACCACCUAGCAACCACUUAGCAACCACCUAGCAACCACUUAGCAACAACUACAGAUAGCAUAGCAAUACAUUAGCAACCACCACGGACACAAUAGAAACACCUUAGUAACCCCUAGCAACUCCUUAGCAACCAACCGCCUAACUUUUGGGAUAGGAAUGAUUGGGUGGCCCAACAUUUAAUCCCACACACCAGCUAAAUCUGUGCACUGAACUCCUUCUCUGCAUUGCUCUCCAGUACUGUGUGUUUAUGGAGGAGCUGCUAGAUAAACCAGCAAUAUGUUAGCAGCAUUAUGUCUCCAGUACUGUGUGUGCAUAAAGGAGGAGCCCAAGCAACACCAUAGCAACCACCAGGGAUACCAUAGCAACACCCUAGCAACCACCUAACAACCACUUAGCAACCACCUAGCAACCACUUAGAAACAACUACAGAUAGCAUAGCAAUACCUUAGCAACCACCACAUACAUCAUAGCAGCACCUUAGUAACCACCUAGCAACACCUUAGCAAACACCUAGCUUUUGGGAUAGGAAUGAUUGGGUGGCCCAACAUUUAAUCCCAAACACCAGCUGAAUCUGUGCAAUGAACUCCUUCUCUGCAUUGCUCUCCAGUACUGUGUGUUUAUGGAGGAGCUGCUAGAUAAACCAGCAAUAUGUUAGCAGCAUUAUGUCUCCAGUACUGUGUGUGCAUAAAGGAGGAGCUUAGCAACACCAUAUCAACCACCAUGGAUACCUCAGCAACACCCUAGCAACCACCUAGCAACCACUUAGAAAUGCCAUAACAGCACCUAGAAAUAAUAUAUAGCAAUACCUUAGCAACCACCACAGCCACAAUAGCAACACCUUAGUAAUCCCCUAGCAACACCUUAGCAACCACCUAGCUUUUAGGAUAGGAAUAAAUUGGGCGGCCCAACAUUUCAUCCCACACACAGCAGCUGAAUCUGCUCUCCAGUACUGUGUGUUUGUGGAGGAGCUGCUGGAUAAACCAGCAUCAUGUCAGCAGCAUUAUGUCUCCAGUACUGUGUGUGCAUAAAGGAGGAGCUUAGCAACACCAUAUCAACCACCAUGGGUGCCAUAGCAACACCCUAGCAACCACCUAGCAACCACUUAGCAACAACUACAGAUACCUUAGCAAUACCCUAGCAACCACCACGGACAUAAUAGCAACACCUUACUAACCCCCUAGCAACACCUUAGCAACCACCUAGCUUUUAGGAUAGGAAUAAAUUGGGCGGCCCAACAUUUCAUCCCACACACCAGCUGAAUCUGCGCACUGAACUCCUUCUCUGCAUUGCUCUCCAGUACUGCGUGUUUAUGGAGGAGCUGCUGGAUAAACCAGCAUUAUGUCAAAAGUUUGGACACCCCGCAUGUCAGCCAGCUAACUCAGUACUGUGUGUCCAUAAAUGAGGAGCUUAGCAACACCAUAGCAACCACCAUGGAUACCAUAGCAACACCUUAGCAACCACCUAGCAACCACUUAGCAACACUAUAGCAACAAUUACAUAUACCAUAGCAAUACCUUAGCAACCACCACGGACACAAUAGCAACACCUUAGUAACCCUCUAGCAACACCUUAGCAACCACCUAGCUUUUAGGAUAGGAAUAAUUGGGUGGCCCAACAUUUUAUCCCACACACAGUAGCUGAAUCUGCACAUUUUGCUCUCCAGAACUGCAUAAUUAUGGAGGAGCUGCUGGAUAAACCAGCAUUUGGUUUGCAUGGAUACCAUAGCAACACCCUAGCAACCACUUAGCAACCACUUAGCAACAACUACAGAUAGCAUAGCAAAACCUUAGCAACUACCACAGAUAUCAUAGUAACACCUUAGCAACCACCUAGCUUUUGAGCAAAAGUUUUGGCAUGGCACCACUGCUCUGUGGUCUAUAUAACUAGAGUGUGCCCUUAUAUGCGUGGAUAAUGGAAUUUAUAAAAUACACAAGGAGGCGUUCAUAAUGUUAUGCUUGAUCGGUGUAAAUAUACUGUGUAUGAGUCUAGAGGUUUAAGGAAUAUAUACUGAUGAUAUACUGACGCCGGACUCCCGCGUUAGAUAUAGUAGUACAGUUCAUCCUAUUCUUAUUGUCCUGUCAUAACGAUUAAAGUGUAUAAGAAAUGUUGUCAUUAGUCAUCGCUAAAAUACAUAAAUACAUAACUGUGAGAUAACUGCACAUGCAGGAUAGAUCUACAUUAUUUUUUGUGCAAUAUGAAAAAGACAAAGAGAACAGGGUGGGGGUAUAUUAAUAAUAUUAUUAUAAUGCAAUCGCCUUAACUAGCUGCAUUAAGUGUGGAAGAUUCGCUGCUGAAACGCGCCCUGAAAUGGUUCCUGCUAGGCCUGUCAUGAUAACUGCAUUAUCUUAUAGUUUAUCGUACGAUUUACUGACAUGACCUCAAUAAUUUGUGCUGACCGCAAUAUUGCUCAUUAUAUUUUAGUUAGCAAGGAGCAUCUAAUAAUAUCAAUAAGCUAAUAUUUCAACUUU